AUGCGAGGUCGCCGAAAGAAGGAAGGCACACAUUACUAUCCUGCUCAUACCAAGCCCAAAGGAGAUUACGAUUCUCGUGUACCUGUAUGCAACCACCCCGACGUGUCGCUCCGAUGGUUCUCUCCCACAUCAUCUAAAGACUACGACACCCUCCUCAAUGGCCUCGAUCCCAAGCGCGUUCUCGGCAUACCUGGAUGCUUCACCGCAGAUCUGAUGCACCUUGCUGCUCUCAAUCUUCCCGACCUUCUCAUCUCUCUUUGGCGGGGCACCAUUGGCUGCGACGAGACAGACAGCAAGCGUGACUGGCCUUGGCUCGUUCUCGUCGAGGAAGCAUGGAAGCGUCACGGUCAACUUGUCGGUGCUGCGACUCCAUACUUUCCUGGUUCCUUUGGUAGUCCUCCCUGCAACAUAGCCGAGAAACUCACGAGUGGAUACAAGGCGUGA